UUCCUUUCCUCUUCACUGCACAACCAUGAGCAUCACCAAGACCAACCCCGUUCCCCCUUCGUGGAAGGACUUCGCCAAGGCCUCGUCCGACCUCCUUGGCAAGGACUACCCCAUCCAGGGUACCACCCUCGAGGUCAAGACCCAGGCCCCCAACGGCGUCACCUUCAAGGUGCUGGGCAUCCGCGACACCAAGUCCGGCAACAUCAACGGCGACCUCGAGGCCAAGUUCACCGACAGGAAGAACGGCUUCGCUCUGACCCAGGCUUGGUCGACGGCUAACGUGCUCCGCAACCACGUCGAGCUCGAGAACCACAUCGCCAAGGGCCUCAAGCUCGAGCUCAUCUCGUCGCUCCUCCCCGACAAGCAGGCCAAGAACGCCCUCUUCGCCUCGACUUACAAGCAGCCUGGUGUCCACACCCGCCAGCACCUCGACCUCUUCAAGGGCCCCACCUUCACCGCCGACGCCGUCGUUGGCAAGGACGGCUUCCUCGCCGGUGCUGAGGCUGCCUACGAUGUCAAGGGCGGUAAGGUCUCGCGCUACAACCUCGCGGCCGGCUACCAGGCUCCGGAGUACGCCAUCACGCUCCAAGGUCUUGGCAACCUCUCGACCUACUCCGCCUCCUACUACCACCGCGUCAACGCGGACAUUGAGGCUGGUGCUCGUGCCACCUACGACUCCAAGUCGGCCACCGCGGACAACCGUGUCAACCUCGAGGUCGGCACCAAGACCUACCUCGACGACGCUGCCUUUGUCAAGGCCAAGAUCAACUCGGCCGGUAUCUUCUGCUUGGGCUACACCCAGGCUCUCCGCCCGGGCGUCAAGGCCAGCCUUGGCCUCGCGCUCGACACCGCUAAGCUGGCGAGCGCGGAGAACUCGGCGGUCGCGCACAAGGUUGGUGCCAGCCUCAACUUCGAGGCUUGAGCAGCUGAAAAGGCGUAGAAGGGAUGCCUGGCAUGGAAGAGAGAGUGUAUGCUGCACGGAGGGUGGGUCGGCAGCUAUGUAGAAAUGCAACAAGGUCUUGUCUUGUCAACAAAUGGAUGAUCGUG